AGGCGCACACUGUUAGUGUCGGUAUUAUUAUAUUGUUAAAAAAGUACAGUCCGUUAUACUCCAUAUAGGUACUUGGGGGAGGUAGUCAUUUUUCUUAACCUCGGCACGCCCCGGCCACACUACCCACGAGAAAGGACCCGAAUACCCAUAGGGCAGGAGGCCCCGGAGCCGAUCUGGACGGAGAGUUUAGAGGAAAAAUUCUCUGCCUUGUUCUAUUUAACAUCACAGUUAAUAUUAUCAUAUAAUAUGAUACUUUGAUGUUGGUAUUAGUCUAUGAUUCAGAUAGAUGAAGACUGUUUGGCGAACGACCACAGAUGUCAGUGACGUUGUAGUGUUUCGUGUGGUGAGGUGGAGAAUUGCACCUUUAGCUUUGAAUGUCGGGCUGUUUUAUAUAAUAUUCAGGAUCAGUAUUGUUUAAAAUGUCGCAUGUUCAAUAUUUAGACGAGUUAAUUAGAGAGUAUUUACUGUACAGAGGAUUUAGUGGAACUGUAAAAGCUUUGGACACGGAACUAAAAGUUGAUAAAGACAAAAGUUUUAGAGUGGAUAAAAUAGUUGACCAAUUACUGCAGUUCAUUUAUGCUUAUGAUCUUGGUUCUUUGAAAGAACUGUGGACCCAUUUGGAUCAGAGAAUGUUUUCUAAGUUGGAACACAGUUUUGCUCCAGCUGUUCGCAAACUUGAAUAUGCCGUUUUCAAGUUUUAUCUGGUAAAUGCUGUGGUCAGUGGAAAACAACAUAAGGUGACAGAAUUCUUUACCAGAUAUACACCGGAUCUAAUUGGUCAACCAGAAUGGAGGGAAUGGUUCAUGCUGCCAUGGGUAAAGAAUCCAGAAGAAAAUCCAGUUUUCCAAGUUUAUUUUACACGUCAUUGGCAGGAUACUCUCUUGGUUUCUUUGCACAAUUUCUUGGCUACCAUUUUCCAGUGCAUGCCGCAGCCCAUUCUGUCCAGCUUCGAGGAGGAUGCACUAAAAAUGAAACGUCUCCAAGAAGAGAAUGAAGUAUUGAGGUUGCGUGUGGCUACCCUGCUGGAGAAUGCUCGGAAUAAUGUUACGAGCGUGGCAGAUAUGACUUUCCUGUCAUGUGCUGCUGUGGUGUUCUUUCUGCGUACCUGCAGUAGUAAUUCUGUUCAUUUGUCCAGAGAGACUGGCUCAUCUGGAGGUGAGAGUCAGGCCAAGACGCUGAAGAGCCUGAUACGCAACAUUGGCAGCGGCUUACCAACCAGUCCGAUUCUUAGUCGCAAGCAGUCUCACCAGCCUAGUUCGGCAGGUGUUGGCAGAGUUAAAAUAGGGGGUUCAAGUAAUGCGGAGGAGCAGCAGCAGUUGAAGAAACACGGUGGUGUAGGUAGCAAGCAGCGGCAAGGCUCUCCGUGGACUGGUUCAGGGAAGGUGCUGGGUGCAGAGGGAGCAGUCAGUAAAUGUCAGAGCGCUACAGAACAGCACACAUCCAGACCCUCUCGUGACCCUUCCAUCGAGACUUCUGAUAGAAGGGGCAAGCAUCAGCAGCAGCCAGUCACUUGUCAGGUUGGAUCAGCAUUAAGCAACACAGGGGCAUUUCUGCUACUUAGUCAGGAUGAGUACCUCGAACAUCGUGCUCCAGUCUGCCACUGUCGUUUCAACACUUCAGGAUCCACCGUCGUGAGUGCUGAUGUCGAUGGCGUUGUGAAACUCUGGACUGUUACGCCGACCCCAAAGACAUUAGCAACUUUUGUGUCCAAAUCCACUAUCAUGUCCUUGGAUUGGGUGACAAGGAAUGAGCGCUACUUUAUAAGUGGCAACAAGCAAGGGCUGGUUCGUCUGUAUGAUACACGAGACAACCGCAUCAUGUGGGAACUAGGUGGUGAUGCUGCAAGCCCUUUGAAGGACACCAGGAUCAUGACGAUCUGCUGCAGUCCCGUGGAGUCAACGUUUAUCUGCUCGGUGGAGCUUCCUGCUCAGACUGUGGGCAAGUUGCUGCUCUUUGACAUCAAAACAAAGAAACUGGAGAGGGCGCUGACGCUUGACUCGAACCAGGUGGGUGCGGUAGCCUCGUGCUGCACAUUCAACCAUAAUGGACAGCUGUUGCUGGCAGGAUGCAGCGAUGGCAGCGUCAGGAUCUUUGACUUACGUCGUAGUGAUUGCAUCGACUCGUGGACAGCUCACCAGGGUGAAACACUUGCCAUUCAGUUGACUGCAGACUUCACAUCCUGCUACUCUCUGGGAUCAGACGGAAAGGCAGGUCAUAAAAUGAUUUUAAUUGAUUUAAUUGAUUUUAUGACAUGGUGCUCUGCUGUUGGUAUGGUUUAUUUUCCUGCAUGUGUUUGUUUCAGGACAUUAGCAACUUUUGUGUCCAAAUCCACUAUCAUGUCCUUGGAUUGGGUGACAAGGAAUGAGCGCUACUUUAUAAGUGGCAACAAGCAAGGGCUGGUUCGUCUGUAUGAUACACGAGACAACCGCAUCAUGUGGGAACUAGGUGGUGAUGCUGCAAGCCCUUUGAAGGACACCAGGAUCAUGACGAUCUGCUGCAGUCCCGUGGAGUCAACGUUUAUCUGCUCGGUGGAGCUUCCUGCUCAGACUGUGGGCAAGUUGCUGCUCUUUGACAUCAAAACAAAGAAACUGGAGAGGGCGCUGACGCUUGACUCGAACCAGGUGGGUGCGGUAGCCUCGUGCUGCACAUUCAACCAUAAUGGACAGCUGUUGCUGGCAGGAUGCAGCGAUGGCAGCGUCAGGAUCUUUGACUUACGUCGUAGUGAUUGCAUCGACUCGUGGACAGCUCACCAGGGUGAAACACUUGCCAUUCAGUUGACUGCAGACUUCACAUCCUGCUACUCUCUGGGAUCAGACGGAAAGCUCUGCCAGCGAAGUUUAAACCAGAGUGGGCAAGCGGUGUGGGAGGCAUCUCUGCACAACUGCCCACCGCUGCGGAAUCUGGCAGUGCCUCAUGGGCAGCUGUUUGCUUUUGACCCUCCAGGCUCUCAUGUGCUGACAUGUGGCCUCAAUGGGGGUAAUAUUUAUCAGAUUUGUGGAACUGGACUGAAUUGCAUGUUGGAACUCGGGGGACACAGAAGUCCAACACUUGCAGUUGAUUGGGCAAUAGCAAACCAUUGUGGGACGUGCGUCACUGCAUCAUCUGGCGAUGGGAAGAUUAAAGUGUCCACACUUCUGAUUCCCUAGUCUCUCAUUUCUGGGUUUCACGGAUGUAAGUACGUACUAGUGUUCAAAGGCCUGAAACUUUAUAAAAUAUGUGGGUACAUACAGGUUACUGUGAAAAUUGUGCGUUGCUGCCUCAUAGCAUAAUUGUUGCUUUUCUGUGAUUCUUAUUAAUAUUUAUGGAUGAAUAUAUUUAUGUUUCACUGUCAAGUGUGACAGCAUUUGCCUGUACAUCACAUGUAAGUGUUGUAAAUGAUGUGAAGUUAGCUAAUCGUUAAAUGUAACGUUCAAAACAAAUGCAAUAUAAUUCCGGCUUGAGUUGAGCUUGGUAAGGAAUAUCAGUGUAUUGCAAAAGAAUACUGUGCUAAUAAUGUGGCAGAGCUACCUAGUUAACAGGUCCCUUGGGCAGGACUCCCUCCUGUUCAUGCAGGAUAACACAGGUCUGUCCUGUCAGCUGUGUCUUUGGAAAAUGAUUUGCUCUCACUAUUUUGUCAUAAGUUUUAAGUAUCUGAACACAUCGUUCUUUGAUGUUUGUAGUUAGCAAACUCUAAUGGUUUUUCUGUGCAUAAUAAUGGCUGAAGGCUUGUUUGGUUAAUGUCGAUGGCACAAAAAUUGUAUUUAUAGGGGUCAAAUUUUGAUUCAGAGUUUGUGCUCUGCGUUUGAUCAGGAGUUUGAAUUGUCUGGAGAGAAUAUAGCUUGAUCUUAAGUAUAUCGUGUUUUAAUUUCAAAAUAGUUUACCGGUAAUGUAAUGUUUGACAAGAUAUUACAGAAAGUUUAAGUUUUCUUGUGGUUUUGGGUGGGAAGCAAGUCUGUAGUAAUAUAAUCUAAAGCUUUCCGUAGAAUGCGUUUUGGAACUAUUUAAUUUGCAAAGAAAUAGUUUAAUCCCAUCUCAUCUUUAAUCUUCUCUGCGACUGCUGUCCAGAUGAUUUUCUUGCCUAUGUUUUGUAUUUCAUUGUUUCCCGACCUGAGCUGCAUGUCCUGUCCGUCCACCCGUACGUUACCACUUCUCUCAUCUUCUCAUUCUGCAUUGUGGCAUGUAAAGGUCUGUGACGAGAUUUUCUGAAAGUGACAUAAAACAAGCUGGAAUUUUAUUAAAAGUUCUGGUUUGGA